GCGGGAAGCUCCUCCCCCUCCGCUCUUGCUCCUCCCCCUUUCCCCUGCUGCUGCUGCUGCUGCUGGCCGGCCUGCCUUUCCUGCCUUCCUUCCUGGGCCCGGAGGCUGGCCUUCCUUCCUCUCGCUUCCUCGCUUCGCUGUUGCCGAUGCUCCGCUGUGGCCGAGCCCGGGAUGAAGCUGAAGAAGCAGGUGACGGUGUGCGGGGCGGCCAUCUUUUGCGUGGCCGUCUUCUCGCUCUACCUGAUGCUCGACCGCGUCCAGCAUGACCCCGCCCGGCCGCACGGGGGCGCCAGCUUCCCAAGGAGCCAGAUCUCGGUGCUGCAGAACCGCAUUGAGCAGCUGGAGCAGCUCCUGGAGGAGAACCAUGAGAUCAUCAGCCACAUCAAGGACUCGGUGCUGGAGCUGACAGCCCAUGCAGCGGCCCAGGGCGAUGGGGGCCCUGAGGCCAAUGAGGGGGGCCCUCCCGGGGGCCCGGCCCUGCCUCUGCGCCUCCCCAACGGCUCCUGGCUGCUGCCCCCCGAAAUGAGCCGGCCCGCCUUCUUCUCUGUGGCCCCCCAGGACUGCCGCUUUGCCCUGCGGGGCCCUGGGAAGGUGGACCUCCAGAUGCCGGCCAUCUCCGCCCAACUGCCCUUUGACAACCAGGACGGCGGGGUCUGGAAGCAGGGCUUUGACAUCAGCUACGAGGCCCAGGAGUGGGAUGAGGAGCCCCUGCGGGUCUUCGUGGUGCCCCACUCCCACAACGACCCUGGCUGGAUCAAGACGUUUGACAAGUAUUACUUCGACCAGACACAGCACAUCCUGAACAGCAUGGUGGCCAAGCUGCAGGAGGACCCCCGGCGGCGCUUCCUCUGGUCGGAGGUCUCCUUCUUCGCCAAGUGGUGGGACAACAUCAGCGCACAGAAGCGGGCUGCCGUCCGCAGGCUGGUGGGCAAUGGGCAGCUGGAGAUGGCCACGGGCGGCUGGGUGAUGCCCGAUGAGGCCAACUCCCACUACUUCGCCAUGAUUGACCAGCUCAUCGAGGGACACCAGUGGCUGGAGAAGAACAUUGGAGUGACACCACGAUCUGGCUGGGCAGUGGACCCCUUUGGCCACAGCGCCACCAUGCCCUACAUCCUGCGCCGCGCCAACCUGACCAGCAUGCUCAUCCAGCGGGUCCACUAUGCCAUCAAGAAGCACUUUGCGGCCACCAAGAGCCUGGAGUUCAUGUGGCGGCAGAGCUGGGAUCCAGACUCCAGCACAGACAUUCUCUGCCACAUGAUGCCCUUCUACAGCUACGACGUGCCCCAUACCUGUGGCCCCGAUCCCAAAGUCUGCUGCCAGUUUGACUUCAAGCGCCUGCCGGGGGGCCGCAUCAACUGCCCCUGGAAAGUGCCCCCCAAGGCCAUCACCAGCACCAACGUGGCAGAACGGGCCCAACUCCUGCUGGACCAGUACCGGAAGAAGUCCAAGCUGUACCGGAGCAAAGUGCUGCUGGUCCCGCUGGGAGAUGACUUCCGCUACGACAAGCCCCAGGAGUGGGACGCCCAGUUCCUCAACUACCAGCGACUCUUCGACUUCCUCAAUGCCCACCCAGACCUCCAUGUGCAGGCUCAGUUUGGGACUCUCUCGGAUUACUUUGACGCCCUCUACAAAAGCACAAGCGUCGUCCCAGGCGUGCAGCCGCCCGGCUUCCCUGUGGUCAGUGGGGAUUUCUUUUCUUAUGCGGACCGUGAGGAUCACUACUGGACCGGCUACUACACCUCGCGGCCCUUCUACAAGAGCAUGGGGCGGGUGCUGGAGGCGCACCUACGGGGCGCAGAGAUCCUGUACAGCCUGGCCCUGAGCCAUGCGCGCCAUGCCGGCAUGGACAGCCAGUACCCGCUGGCGGACUACGCCCUGCUAACGGAUGCCCGGCGGAACCUGGGCCUCUUCCAGCACCACGACGCAAUCACCGGCACCGCCAAGGAGGCCGUGGUGGUGGACUAUGGGGUCAGGCUGCUCCACUCCCUGAUGAACGUCAAGCGUGUGAUCAUCAAUGCUGCUCAUUACUUGGUCCUGGCGGACAAGGAGACCUACCACUACGACCCGACUGAGCCCUUCCUUGGCGCUGACGAAACCCGCCUCAAUCAGGACUCCCUCCCGGAGAAAACCGUCAUCAAGCUGGAGAAUGCGCCAAGGUUUGUGGUCGUGUUCAAUUCCCUGGAGCAGGAGCGGCUGAGUGUGGUGUCCCUCCUGGUGAACACGCCUCGUGUCAAGGUACUGAACGAGGAGGGCCAGCCCCUGGCGGUCCAGCUCAGCGCCCAGUGGAGCUCGGCCACAGACAUGGCCCCGGACGUCUACCAGGUGUCUGUGGUCCUCCGGCUGCCGGCGCUGGGCCUGGGUGUCCUGCAGCUGAGCAAGUCCUUUGACAGCCACCACACGCUCAAGGCCUCUGUGCGCCUCUUCCUGCAUGGCCGGGACCUCCCUGUGCGCAAAUACGAGACCUUCCCUGUCAAAGUCCUCCCCACGGCUGCGGACGACUUCUGCCUGGAAAACCAGCACCUCAGGGCCUGUUUCUCGGGGUCCAGUGGAGCGCUGAAGAGUGUGUCGCAGCCGGGCAGCGGGGAGGAGCGGAGCCUGAGCAGCCAGUUCCUCAUCUAUGGGACCCGGGGCACCAAGGACAAGAGUGGCGCCUACCUCUUCCUGCCCGACGGAGAAGCCAAGCCUUAUGUCCCCAAGGACCCUCCCCUGGUGCGGGUGACCGAGGGGCCCUUCUUCUCAGAGGUGGCUGUUUACUACCAGCACAUCCAGGAGCUUGUUCGGCUCUACAAUGUGCCAGGGGUGGACGGGCUGUCCUUGGAGAUCUCCUGCCUGGUGGACAUCCGAGACCAUGUCAACAAGGAGCUGGCCUUGCGCUUUAGUUCGGACAUUGAGAGCCAGGGGACCUUCUUCACCGACCUUAACGGCUUCCAGAUCCAGCCUCGGCAGCACCUGAAGAAGCUGCCUCUCCAGGCCAACUUCUACCCCAUGCCGACCAUGGCCUACAUCCAGGACGCACAGACCCGCUUGACCCUGCACACGGCCCAGGCCCUGGGCGUCUCCAGCCUCGGCAGCGGUCAGCUGGAGGUGAUCCUGGACCGGCGCCUCAUGCAGGACGACAACCGGGGCCUGGGACAAGGGCUGAAGGACAACAAGCGGACCUGCAACCGCUUCCGGCUCCUCAUUGAGCAGCACAGUCCUGGCUCCGGCCUCUUUUCCAAACUGGCUUCCAUGCUUAGAGACCUGGUCUUCCCCAGCGGCAAGGCCAGCGGCCCAGAGGUCCAGGAUGGACAGGCGACCAGCUUCCCAUCGCUGCUGAGCCACAUGACCUCCAUGUACCUGAACACAGAAGUGCUGGCCCUGCCUCUGGCCCAGGAGAAGAAGCCCUCCCCUUCGGCCCUGCGGCCCUUCGCUCCCCUGGCAGCGCUCCUCCCCUGCGACCUCCACCUCUUGAACCUGCGCACCCUCCAAGGGGAGGAGGAUUCUCUGCCCUCCAUGGAGACAGCCCUGAUCUUGCACCGAAAAGGCUUUGACUGCGGCUUGCAGGCCAGGAACCUAGGCUUCAACUGCACCACCACCCAGGGCAUGGUGGCCCUCGGGGGCCUGUUCCAGGGCCUGGAGGUGGCCUCGCUGCAGCCCUACUCCUUGACCCUGAUGUAUCCACUGGCCCCGUCGCCUCUCAACAGCACCGCCGUCCGCCUGGACCCCAUGGAGAUUGCCACCUUCCGUCUCCGCCUUGUGUAGCACCCCAAUAGGACUGGGCUAACUGGACUUCUGGGCUGGCCGCAUAAGGGACUGUGGCCGGGGACACGUCCUUCGGCGCCUGCCGCACAGGUUGGAGGUCAAUGCCAGGGCGCCACAAGAGUCGAGACAGCAGACAGAAUUGCUUGUCUUUAUUUAUUUCUCUGCUCUCAAAGCACUUGUGGCAAAAAAACAAAAACAAAACAGUAGCGGGUUUGCCUUGUUGCCACAAUGUGGUGGAGCUCCAUUUACAAAGGCCUGAGCACUGUGGUACCAGCCACGAAGGGCAUUAUGCUACUGGAGCGUGUGUGCGUGUAGACACUGGAGCAACUAGCCAAGCCUCAGCUUUUUAUUUAUUUCUCCGUUCUCAAAGCAUCUGUGGCCAAAAAAGAACAGUGGUGGGACUGCAUUGCUGCCAAUGUGGUGGAGCUUAAUCUACAAAGGUCUGGGCACUGUGGUCCCAGCUGCGAAAGGCACUGUGCUACUGGAGCGUGUGUGCGUAGACACUGGAGCAACUAGCCAAGCCUCAGCUCCUUCUCUCUGGGAAGGAGGCCAGCAACAUGUUGCCCCUCGCUUGCCUGGAGGGAGGCCUGUAUGGGUCGCCUCUGGGCUGCAAAGCAGGUUUGAUAAUGUAGCCAACACUGGAGUGUGAGCAGAUUUGUGAGCUUCCUAGAGCUUGGAAGAAACUCCGAGGAAAUGUUUACGAAG